CAGGCGCUGACGCGGUUGUUGAAGGAAGAGAAAGCGAAGGAGGCAGCGAAAAUUUCGGGUUCAUUUAAUUUUCAUCGAUUCUGAAAAGAAGAGAAAUAAAGAAAAAAGAAAGAGAAGUUCCUUCUUUCUGGCGAACGCGCUGCUUCGUCUUCCCCUCUCUCUUACUGCGGUUGUUAUUUCUCGUUGGUUGGGAGAGGAGGAAGGAAGGUGGGGAGGAAGAGGGAGACAGGGCAGCUGCGUUGGGGCGGAGUUGCGAUCUGGUGCUUAGUCUCAAGGGACGGGAAUUGGGAAGGGAAGAGGAUGAACGGAUGGGAUUGGAUCAAGGGGGCAUCUUCGUCGUCGAUGUCUUCCGUGCCGAGCAUGGCGAGGUCGAGGACCUCUUCGCACAUCACCGAUCGGCAGCCUUCGUCGCGGACAGUCCGGCUUGGGAGGGUCCAGCCGCAGGCCCCCGGUCAUCGGACCAUUUACUGCAAUGACCGAGAGGCUAAUCUGCCCGUCAGGUUUAAGCUUUUCAGGGCAACUCUAUAUCAACCACAAAAUAUAACAUCGUAACCUUCCUUCCUAAAGGUCUUUUUGAGCAGUUUAGGCGGGUGGCAAAUUUGUACUUCUUGAUGAUAUCUAUACUAUCUACCACACCAAUUAGCCCUGUGCAUCCUAUUACAAAUGUGGUCCCUCUCAGUCUUGUGCUGUUUGUUUCGCUUGUCAAGGAGGCAUUCGAGGACUGGAAACGGCUGAAUAACGACAAAGUGAUAAAUAGCAGUCCUGUUGAUGUAUUGGUGGAACAAAAGUGGGUUUCUAUACCUUGGAGGAAGCUGCAGGUUGGAGAUAUUGUUAGGGUUAAGCAGGAUGGAUUUUUCCCUGCAGAUUUGUUGUUUCUUGCUAGCACAAACGCAGAUGGUGUCUGCUAUAUUGAGACUGCAAAUCUUGAUGGUGAGACAAAUUUGAAGAUAAGAAAAGCACUUGAAAGAACAUGGGACUAUGUGCUCCCAGAGAGAGCUGCUGAAUUUAAAGGUGAAAUACAAUGUGAACAGCCCAACAAUUCACUGUACACAUUUACUGGCAACCUUAUCAUGGAGAAGCAAACCUUGCCACUUACUCCAAAUCAAGUUCUUUUGAGAGGCUGCAGCCUUAGGAACACCGAGUACAUAGUAGGAGCAGUUAUCUUCACUGGACAUGAGACAAAGGUGAUGAUGAACACUAUGAAUGUUCCUUCAAAAAGGAGUACCUUGGAAAGAAAGCUUGACAAACUCAUAUUAACACUUUUUGGUGCUCUUUUUUCUAUGUGCUUAAUUGGAGCGAUUGGCAGCGGUGUUUUUAUCAGCCGUAAAUAUUAUUAUUUAGGUCUUCAUGUGGAUGUGGAGAAGCAGUUUAAUCCCAGCAAUAGAUUUGUGGUUGCCAUUCUUACGAUGUUUACUCUUAUUACAUUAUAUUCCACCAUAAUUCCAAUUUCUCUUUACGUGUCAAUUGAGAUGAUCAAAUUCAUUCAGUGCACUCAAUUUAUCAAUAAGGAUCUGCACAUGUAUCACGUUGCAACUGAUACGCCAGCAUUGGCACGAACCUCCAAUUUGAAUGAGGAGCUUGGACAGGUGGAAUAUAUAUUUUCUGACAAGACAGGGACCUUGACAAGAAACUUGAUGGAGUUCUUCAAAUGCUCCAUUGGUGGGGAAAUGUAUGGUAUGGGAGUUACUGAAAUUGAGAGAGGGGCGGCUCAAAGAAGUGGCCAUCAAAUUGAUGAGGUGAAAAGAUCGCCUACUGCAGUUCAUGAAAAGGGUUUCAAUUUUGAUGAUCCAAGGCUUAUGCGUGGUGCAUGGAGAAAUGAGCAAGACCCUGAGACCUGCAAGGAAUUCUUCAGAUGCCUAGCAAUUUGUCAUACUGUACUACCAGAAGGUGAUGAAUCCCCUGAGAAGAUCACGUACCAAGCUGCAUCUCCAGAUGAGGCGGCCCUAGUAAUUGCUGCAAAACACUUCGGUUUCUUCUUUUACAAGCGUACUCCCACUAUGGUUAUGGUGCGUGAGUCACAUGUGGAAAAAAUGGGCAAGAUUCAGGAUGUUUCAUAUGAGAUUUUGAAUGUCCUAGAAUUUAAUAGCACAAGGAAGCGCCAAUCUGUCAUAUGUCGUUAUCCCAGUGGGAGGCUCGUAUUAUACUGCAAGGGUGCUGACACAGUUAUUUAUGAAAGGCUAUCUGAUGGUAAUGGAAAGAUAAAGAAAGUGACAAGAGAGCAUCUGGAACAGUUUGGUUCUGCUGGUUUACGGACUCUCUGCCUUGCAUAUAAAGAUUUAGAUGUGGAUUACUAUGGUGCUUGGAAUGAGAAAUUCAUCCAAGCUAAGUCUGCAUUACGUGAACGUGAGAAGAAGUUAGAUGAGGUUGCAGAAAUGAUUGAAAAUGAACUCGUAUUGCUUGGAUGCACUGCAAUUGAAGACAAACUUCAAGAAGGAGUGCCGGCAUGUAUAGAAACCCUUUCUAGAGCAGGAAUAAAAAUUUGGGUUCUUACUGGUGAUAAGAUGGAAACAGCAAUAAACAUUGCAUAUGCUUGCAGUUUAAUUGACAAUGAUAUGAAGCGAUUUGUCAUUAGUUCAGAAACUGAUGAAAUUCUAGAUAUUGAAAAUAGGGGGGAUCCAGUUGAAACAGCACGUGCUAUCAAGGAUUUGGUUAAACAAGAGCUGAGGAGAUGUACUGAUGAAGCUGAGCGAUCUCUGCACAUGACCCCAGCACCUAAGUUGGCCCUUGUAAUUGAUGGGAAGUGUUUGAUGUAUGCACUUGAUCCACAACUGAGAGGAAACCUGCUAAGAUUAAGUUUGAAUUGCAGUUCAGUUGUUUGUUGCCGGGUUUCACCACUCCAGAAAGCGCAGGUGACAAGCCUAGUUAAGAAUGGUGCUCGAAAGAUCACACUUAGCAUUGGAGAUGGUGCCAACGAUGUGAGCAUGAUUCAAGCUGCCCAUGUUGGUGUCGGCAUAAGCGGGUUGGAGGGGAUGCAGGCUGUCAUGGCUAGUGAUUUUGCAAUUGCACAGUUUCGGUUUUUGACUGAUUUACUUCUUGUGCAUGGGCGUUGGUCCUACAUCAGAAUUUGCAAGGUUGUGACAUACUUCUUCUACAAAAAUCUCACAUUCACAUUAACUCAGUUCUGGUUCACGUUUCGAACUGGCUUUUCUGGACAGCGAUUCUAUGAUGAUUGGUUCCAAUCACUGUACAAUGUUAUUUUUACAGCUUUACCUGUGAUCAUGGUUGGACUUUUUGACAAGGAUGUGAGUGCUUCACUUUCUAAGAAGUAUCCUCAACUAUACAAAGAGGGCAUAAGAAAUAUGUACUUCAAGUGGAGAGUUAUUGCAAUCUGGGCCUUUUUCUCCUUCUUUCAAUCACUAAUAUUAUAUAACUUCUCCAUGGCUGCCAGCCAGAAAGGUCUAAAUGCAUCAGGGAAGAUUCUUGGUCUUUGGGAUCUAAGCACAAUGGCAUUCACAUGUGUCGUUGUAACAGUGAACUUGCGUUUGCUUAUGGCAUGUGAUUUGCUGACAAGAUGGCAUCAUAUCAGUGUCUUUGGAAGCAUUUUAGCAUGGUUUAUAUUUAUUUUCUUAUAUUCUGGAAUUAUGACACCAUUUGAUAGACAGGAGAACAUAUUCUUUGUCAUUUAUGUGCUGAUGAGUACAUUUUAUUUUUAUCUCACACUUCUGCUUGUUCCUGUUGUUGCACUUUUUGGUGAUUUCUUAUACAUAGGGCUGCAAAGAUGGUUUGCACCAUACGACUACCAGAUCAUUCAAGAGAUGCACAGACGUGAUCCUCAGGAGUCAACCAGGACAGAGCUACAGGAAAUUGGUAGACGACUCACACCGGACGAGGAAAGAUCAUAUGCAAUUGCACAGCUUCCACGUGAAACUUCAAAGCACACAGGCUUCGCUUUUGAUUCCCCAGGAUACGAGUCAUUUUUCGCUUUACAGGCUGGCGUUUAUGUUCCACAAAAGGCUUGGGAUGUGGCCCGGCGAGCUAGCAUGAGCGGCCCUCAACCUAGGACUCAAAAACUCUGAUGGCCUUAUGCCCCUGCUUUUUCUCUUUCUUAUUUUUUGGGUUAAAUCUGUGUUGAUCAACAAUUCGUGUAUAAUAUUUUUGCCCCCAAUUUUCCCCUUUUGUUUCAUUCCUUUUCAAUUUCUCAGGUUUCUUUUGGGAUCAUUAUUCUGCUGGGAAUUAGACGCUUGCAAGAAUUAUUGACGCUAGCAUCCCUUGUUUGUAAAUAUCCAACGAAAGGGUACAAUUUAUGUAAGGAUGACGUAGUAAGUUGAAUCAAUAUGCAUGAGGUGAUUCUCUGAAAGCCUAUACUGGUGUAAUUCAUAUCUGUCAUUCCAAGUCAUCCUUCUAGUGCAGAAACUAUGCCACGCGACUAAUCCUUGCUCGUAGGGUGAAAAGUGGUCCUUCACUUCAGUUAAAAGAUCUGCGCCUUUGUCUAUCAUCUAGGUCAUGUAGUUCCAUGAGGCGGCCGCAGUGAUGUCCUCUAGACUCUUAGAGUGUACGUCGCUGCCAUUUGAAGAUCAAAAUGAUCGUCGUAUAAUGUGGUGGUUGACAUGUAAAUUCUGUUUCAAAGAAGUUUUUCUGUGAACGUUGCUGGUAUUCAGCGCAAUGUAUGUGAUGUCGUGAAGUUGUGUUGAGCUUUGUUAUGAGUAGAGGCACAAGCAUCGAGGAAUUGUAAGUUAAAAAUUUUGUAACUGGAAAGCACUCUUGAAUUUCACUUGUGGUUACAUGGUUUUGUGGGUCA